GGAGGGGUGCAUUGAAGCUGGCGUGGAUCAUGGGUCUAAUCAAGCACUUUGACGGGCAACACCCACUGACAAUGGACCGUUAUAUUGGAUGGGUCGACGCAAAGACGGAUGAGCCGGUGAGGGACAUGGAUGUCAAGAAGGCGUAUGAGCCUUACAUUCUCCAGCAUGUAGGCGUGCGGUUCAUUGAACCGGAGCUGCAUGAUGGCUAUGACCCACACAAGAAAUCGUUUAUGCGUGAGCUGCAAAUCAGCCAUGAUCUUGAACCAUUCGAGGCAACUGAAGACGAGGCAGCACAUUUUUAAACAUGGAAAUGGCGACAGAGUUGAAACAUGGGAGAAUUCCAACGGAACAUGGUCUGUCAGGUUCUUAAAAGGUGCAACACUGCUUGUUCCAAAAGCCCUUCGAUUUGACCGCUACACAGCUACCCAAAUUCCAACUGGCUGGGACCCUGCCCGAUAUGGCAUUCCACAGGAUAUAAUCGACAGUGUGGAUAGGACUACAUGCUAUGCGCUAGUUUCUGCAAUGGAGGCGCUGGUUUCAUCUGGAAUCACUGACCCCUAUGAACUCUACCAGUACUUCCAUGUCUCCUGAAGUUGGGCAUACGAUCGGUUUCAUCAACUGGCGGCGUCCGAAGCCUUCGGGAUAUCGUCGUAAACAGGUGGGUCGAAAAGGGAUGUACAUUCUGGGGUACUGAUCGAAUCACUAGUUAAAUAGUCCAGAUGCAUGGAUAAACAUGCUACUGCUGUCAUCUGCAGGACCAUUAAAACCUACAUCAGCCGCAUGGCGCAACUGCAC